AUGUUUAUUGGGAGUAGGGUUUUGUUCCUUUUUGAACACGCAUCUGGUUAUGCCAUUUUGGGCACAAAGUUGCAUGAGCUAUCUGCGGUUGUUGAGCGCUUGUCGGGAGUUUCUACUGACUAUGAUACAUUUUCAGGCACCUUUAAACUGCGUGCAUUUUCACCAUUCACGUCAGCCGAAAACGCCUUGGAAAAUUGUAACUCAGUUUCAGAGGGCAUUGUUCAUGAUGAUCUUCGAAAUUUUCUCCUGUCAAAUCUCAAGGGAGAAAAACCCGUACUUUUAUGUGUUUCGGAGCACAAGCUGGCCGAUGCUAUUAAAGCGACUGAGACUGGAUUACCUGGAACCGUCAAAAUCUCCUCUGAAUCGGCUGCCAUUGAUAUUUAUCGCGGAAUCCGUGAGUUCUUCUCGAACUACAUCGCUGAAUUGACGCAUUUCGCAGAAUCCCAGGCUCAAGUCGGGCUAGGGCAUAGCUACUCCCGUGCCAAAGUUAAAUUCAAUGUAAACAGAGAUGAUAAUAUGGUCAUUCAGACAAUCAGUUUACUCGACCAAAUGGAUAAGGAUAUUAACACCUUUUCUAUGCGAAUCAAGGAGUGGUUUUCAUAUCACUUUCCAGAAUUGGCCAAAAUUGUUCCAGAAAGCACCAACUACAUCAAAUUAGUCAACAUAAUCCGUAGCCGUGAAGACUUAACUGAAGAUAAGCUGGGUCAGAUUGAGAAAGUCAUCCAUGACCACGAAAAAGCAGUUGCGAUUCUUGAAGUCGCUAAAACUUCAAUGGGUUUCGAUGUAACUGAUCAGGAUGUGGAAAAUCUGUCUUCCUUUGCGAAAAUCGUGCAAACUUUCAUGGAGCGUCGCGCAAAAGCCUACGAUUACCUUGUCAACAAGUUGACUGGUGUUGCUCCGAACCUCAACACUCUCAUCGGCAGUCAAGUUGCUGCUCGUCUGAUCUCCCACGCUGGUUCUCUGAUAAAUCUUUCAAAGUUCCCAGCUUCCACCAUUCAAAUUCUGGGUGCAGAGAAGGCUCUUUUCAGAGCGCUGCGAACCCGUGGUCGUACGCCCAAAUACGGACUAAUUUUCCACAGUUCCUACAUCGGUCGCGCGGCGAAGGAGAACAAGGGCAGGAUUUCGCGUUUUUUAGCAGCAAAAUGUGCCCUCGCAACACGUAUUGACUGCUUCAGUGAUAUUCUCUGCGAUGUUUAUGGACAGCACUUGAAGAAACAGGUUGAGGACCGGCUGAAGUACUUUGAGAGUGGUGUUAUGCCAAUAACGAAUGCAGAGGCAAUGGCGGCGGCCGUAAAGGAGGCCAAUCGGGUUAUUGGAAAGCUGAAGAAACGAGCCGUUGCCACGUUAAAUGGGACAGCCUCACCGAAUAUCAAUUGUUACACAAAGGAUAAUGGGAACGAGGCACAGCCAGUAGAAAAGAAGACGAAGAAAAAGAAGAGAAAGUCCGGGCUUGCCCAAUUGGAGGAAACUGCUCAAUACAAAGAAGUAGGAAUUGAACAGACGAGGGAAGAGGUUGGGGAGAAGAAAAAGAAGAAACAAAAGCAGGUGGAAACUGUCGAGGAUGUUAGGAUGGAUGGCGUCGUGGAGCCACCGCGAAAGAAAAAAAAGAAAAAUGAGGCGGAGAAUGGGGGUAGAGAAGAGAGCUUUGAAGCUGAUGCCUCCAUUGUUGUUGAGGGAAAGAAAAAGAAGAAAAAACAUGAAAUCGAUGUGUAG